AUGCCAGGUGUUCCCGGAUCCACAGAAGCUUUGGAAUUCAUGAAACGGGACUUGGCUGAGUUCACCCAAGUGGUGCAGCAUGACACAGCCUGCACCAUUGCUGCUACAGCCAGCGUGGUCAAGGACAAGCUGGCAAGGACAGAAGGUUCCUCAGGUGCGACUGAAAAGGUGAGGAAAGGUCUCUCUGACUUCUUGGGUGUCAUCUCGGACACCUUUGCUCCCUCACCAGACAAGACCAUAGACUGUGAUGUGAUAACCCUGAUGGCAACACCUACAGGUACCACUGAGCCCUACGACAGCGCCAAGGCUCGCCUCUACAGCCUCCAGUCUGACCCUGCCACCUACUGCAACGAGCCUGAUGGCCCUGCUGAGCUCCUUGAGGCCUGGCUUUCCCAGUUUAACCUUGAGGAGAAGAAAGUGGAGAUUGCAGACCUGCUGGCAACCAGCCCUUCCAUCCGGGCUCUCUACACCAAAAUGGUGCCAGUGGCUGUUUCCCAUGCCGAGUUCUGGCAGCGCUACUUCUAUAAAGUGCAUCGUCUGGAGCAGGAUGAAGCCCGGAGGGAGGCUCUGAAGCAGCGAGCAGAGCAGAGCAUUCACCAAGAGGAGCCAGGCUGGGAGGAGGAUGAAGAGGAGUUCUUGGGGAUGUCACCCCUGCCUUGUGCAAACAUGAAAUUUCCAGAAGCAGCAGAGAAAGAAUCUGCCCCUGCAGUCCUGGAGGGAAACCAUCCCACUGCUCCCAAGGGGCCCUCAGAGGAAAGCUGGGCCAUCCUCCCUCCAGAGCCAGCCCCAGCAGAGGGGAGCCCCUCUGAGAGCAGUGAGAGCAUCUCCCUUGUGACUCAGAUUGCAAACCCUGCCUCUGUGCCUGCUGCACAGCUACAGGCUGGAGCACAACCAGCUGGAGACCUCUCCCAGAGGCUACUGGGGGGCCCCCCCGAAGAGCAGAGCUCCCUGCCAAAGCCCCCAGAACCUGGCCAGCCUUCUGCACCUGCCCGGGGGUCAGCAGCAUCCUCAGAGCAAGUGGCUGUUGCAGAGCUCAGAGGGGUGGAGAGCAAAGCCCAGGGCAAGCCAGAGACUCUGAAAGAGGAAGGACCAACGGAUCUACGGGUCUUCGAGCUGAACUCUGAUAGUGGGAAGUCCACCCCCUCCAACAAUGGCAAGAAAGGCUCCAGCACGGAUAUCAGUGAGGACUGGGAGAAGGACUUUGAUUUGGACAUGACAGAAGAGGAGGUGCAGCUGGCACUGUCCAAGGUGGAAGUGUCUGGAGAGCUGGAAGAUGAAGAGUGGGAAGACUGGGAAUAA